AAUCAGCUGAUUGUUUAAUGUAAGAUCGUUUAUUUUGGACUCAAUUUGAUAACCUUCACUCCCCAUUUUUAUACAUACAUACAGAACAAUGGUUCGCCUGUUCGCCAUGGCUUUUCAGCGCAAUCAGGAUGCAGCGAAUUUUGUCGUGAAUGGCAAAAAGAUUGUAGGCGUGGCACUAAAUUACAUGUGCGCUGUUAAAGCCAGAAAUGUCCCAGUGCCAACCGAGCCGGUCGUCUUUUUGAAACCCACAACAUCAUACUUGCUAGAGGGUUGUCCAAUUGUCCUGCCAAAAGUGUUCACCAAAGUUGCCUAUGAAGUGGAACUAGGAGUUGUCAUUGGCUCCCGCUGCAAAAAUGUGUCCAAGGCAGACGCUAUGCAGUAUGUUGGCGGCUAUUGCUUAGCGCUGGAUCUAACAGCGCAAUGCAAUUUAACAGCGGCACGUGCAAAAGGCGGCUCUUGGACGUUGGGCAAGGGUUUUGAUACAUCUACGCCUGUUUCUCGUUUCAUUCCUAUGGAUGCAAUUGACGACCCACAUACGCUUCCGCUCUGGCUUAAAGUCAAUGGUGAAAUAAAGCAAAGCGGUUGUACUGCAGAUUUGAUCUUCAAGGUACCUGACAUUAUAUCGUAUGUGUCCAAAUAUAUGACGCUGGAGCCAAAUGAUUUAAUCCUAACGGGAACACCACAUGGCUCUGAGCCCUUUAAGGCUGGUGAUGUUAUUGAUUGUGGUCUAGCUGACUUGGCCACGAUGCACUUUAAAGUAAAAGGCGAAUAAAUGCAGGCACAGGACGUUCAAAUUAUUUUAGUAAAUUUAAGGCUAGAAAAAGAUUUUGAAAUCAAUACGGGUAAACUAGUGCAAUACUAAUUAAACACUUUUAAAACAUUUGAA